AGAAUACAACAAGCUGGUUUUGUUUCCUGCAGUAACCCGUUAAGCUCGCUGAGAGGGGCGGGCACUUCAUUAGGUCUGCUUUAAGCCUCCGUCCCUUGCCACCCCUCCCCAGUCGUCGGCAUGACGCUCCCUCCACACUCACACUUUGUUUAGCUCCUCAAAAAAAUUGAACUACUUUGAUAAUCUUUGUAAAAGCAGUGCCGUGACGAGAAGAGGUGGCUAAAAAGGCGGGAAUGCGCUUCUGACAGCUGAGCUCCUUUGGCAAUGCCACAGUCCCCUCUCUGAUGAAACAAUGACAACCCACACCCGUGGGGCCCCCACAGUCUUCUUCAUAAUUCUGCUGUGGUCCCUGCUCCCCCCAAAGGUGGUGGUGGCGGAGGCGGACCCCAGCAGAGGAAUCCACUUUAUGGGAGGCAACUACGAUGGGCAUCCCAUGUUGUACUUCAGUCAGGGGGAUGUCGAGGGCCUGCAGUAUGGAGCAGCAGGGACUCAUCGGGACAUAGCAAGCAGGAUCCGCGAGGCUGGGGAAACCAUGUUGGAGCACCCGGAGGAGUACCUGCCACCGUGGAAUCCCACAGAAUUCAGUGCCCGCUGGAAUGAGGUCUAUGGAAAUAACCUGGGUGUUCUGUCCAUGUUCUGCCUGCUGUACCCCCACCGGGCCGGGGCCCUCAACCUGGCCAAGGACUACAUGGAGAGGAUGGCCGCUCAGCCUAGUUGGCUGGUCAAAGAUGCCCCCUGGGAUGAAGUUCCUUUGGCACACUCUUUGGUAGGGUUUGCCACUGCUUACGACUUCCUGUAUGAGUACUUGAACAAGAGCCAACAGGAGCGUUUCCUCCGGGUGAUCGGCAACGCGUCACGCCUGAUGUACGAGAAGUCCUACGUCCGGGGCUGGGGGUUUCAGUACCUGCACAACCACCAGCCCACCAACUGUGUGGCUCUGCUCACUGGAAGCCUGGUCUACAUGACCCAAGGCUACCUUCAAGAGGCCUACCUAUGGACCAAGCAGGUGCUGUCCAUCAUGGAGAAGUCUAUGGUCCUUCUUCAGGAUGUGACCGAUGGCUCCCUGUAUGAAGGUGUAGCCUAUGGGACCUAUACCAGCCGCUCUCUGUUUCAGUACAUGUUCCUGGUACAGCGCCACUUUGCCAUCAGCCACUUCGACCACCCAUGGCUCCUUAAGCACUUCGCCUUCCUCUACAGGACUAUUCUGCCCGGAUUUCAGCGGACUGUAGCCAUUGCAGAUUCCAACUACAACUGGUUCUAUGGACCGGAGAGCCAGCUGGUCUUCUUGGACCGCUUUGUGUUGCGUAAUGGCAGUGGAAACUGGCUGGCAGAUCUGAUUCAUCAAAACAGGGUGAUCGAAGGGCCAGGGCAAGCUGGAAAGGGCCAGCGCUGGUGUACUCUGCACACAGAGUUCAUCUGGUAUGACCCAGGCCUGACUCCCAAGCCCCCAUCAGAUUUCGGAACACCCCAGCUCCACUAUUUUGAGGACUGGGGCGUGGUCACGUACGGGAGUGCUUUACCUGCAGACACCAACCACACCUUUGUCUCCUUCAAGUCAGGGAAGCUGGGAGGACGCGCCAUCUUUGACAUUGUUCACAAGGCUAAGUACAAAGAGUGGAUCAAAGGGUGGAGGAACUUUAACGCUGGCCACGAGCACCCAGAUCAGAAUUCUUUCACCUUUGCACCCAAUGGUGUCCCAUUUAUCACAGAGGCACUAUACGGACCCAAGUACACUUUGUUGAACAAUGGAGUGUUGUUUGGCUCAACUGUCUCAGGGAGCUGUUUUAAGCCAUGGGCUGGACAGGUUACAGAAGCCUGCGACUCUAAAUGGUUGAAGUACAAGGUGGGGCUGGCAGCCGAUGCCCAGGGAAGAGUAGAAGUGGCUAUGGAGAGACAGGGAAUGGUCUUCAUCCGUGGUGAGGGACGCUCCGCUUAUAAUCCAGAACUGAAGAUCAAGAACUUUCAGAGGAACCUGCUCCUUCUCCACCCACAGCUCCUACUCCUUGUGGACCACAUCCACCUAGAUCCUGACAGCCCAACCAAGGCCAUGAGUGCCUUCUUUCACAACAUGGAGCUGUCAUUCCAGAGUACAAAAGUAGAUGGUAUUCAUGGAGCAUUUGUAUCACAUGGUGAGGACAAGUAUAAGAUGUUCUGGAUGGAUGACACAAACUACAGUAACAAAGGCGUGAUGGGCUAUUGGAAUUACCCUCGAGGGUACCUGUAUAAUGGCUCGAACUAUGUGAAUGUCACAAUGCCACUGAGAUACCCUCAUACGAGGGUGGCCUACACUUUUUUUGGACCAGGGGUGGAUGUACAGAGCUUCACCCUGCGUGGUGAUGACCGGAGGGUAGAUAUUUACUUGGCCACCAAAGACCACACUUACACCAUCUACCUGCUGACCGGAGAGGUCCCCACCAAGCCUCUGUUCGCCAUGGUGCUGCUGGACCACAAGAAGAUCGUAUUUGAGAAGGCGGCGGCUGUGGUGGACAGUUCACCAGAGGAAGUAGAGGAGUACAUCAGUGUGAUGGAGGACAACCUCCAGCAUGUCAAGCCCGUCUUCCAGCAGAUGGAGAGACACAUCCUCGGACAGGUUCUCAACAGUGCCAGCUUCCAUAAAACUGCAGAGCGCCUCCUCCAGUUCUCCGACAAAAAGAAGACAGAUGAAAUCAUUGAGAGGAUGUUUGCUAUGUCCAAGAAGCAAGCCAAGGGUAAAGGAGGGAAGAAAGUGAACCUUGGGGAGAAGCUUUCUGAGAGUCUACCUGACAUUUUUGCACAGAUUGAAGUGAAUGAGAAGAAGGAGAGACAGAGGACUUCAAAGCAUACGUAUGAGGACAGCCCAGAAGAGGGAGAUGCAGACUCAUGGGCCUUUAUGGAUUAUACAGACAGCCGCAAAAUCAGAAAGGGCGGUUUUGUCAAGGGCCGCAGAUUCAAAGAGGUUCAUAUGGUGGCCACAGCAGGGAGUGAGGGUCUCCCCAGCACAGCCUCUUACAUAAGACUCUUCCUCCUUCUGAACACUGCCACCUUCUUUUUACUGCUGGCUGUGUUACUGACUCGCUUUCAGAGGGGUCGAAGCUUGCACACGCAGAGGUGUUUCUACACCAUCCUUCUGAUUGACUGCUUCAUCUUAUUUUACCUAUACUCAUCGUGCUCUCGCAUACAGUGCUAACAUCAUAAGAAGGUGAGGGGUCAUCCAGCUACACAUAGGGGACCUGUUGUUCAUGGUGAGCUAAAUGCACCCCACACCUUAGUCUGAGCCAGAACUUACAACGCAAGAUUAGAGUCACUGUUACAGAAAAUUUAAUUUCUAGAAAAAGGUGAAAUAUUUUGAGAAAAAAAGUGGUAAUUUUAGAAGAAUAAAGUAAGUUUACAGGGCAAAGCUCUAUUAUUGAGUUAUUUGAACAAUAAAGUUUAUUGUUACAAGAUGCAUAUUUAAGAACUUGUUUGUAAAUAGUCAGUCUAUAGGGAGGGAUAAAUACCUCCUGCUCGCCACCUCAGACAGAACUGAUGAAGCCUCUUGGAUGACAGGUGAAUCGUCUUCUACCAAAAAUUAUUCUAAGUUUUUUUUCAGCAUUAUAAUAGAUUUUAGCAUUUGUGAAAGUUUCCUUCAUAAAAUCAGUUUUAUGCCUGCAAUAUGAAGACUUUUAUUACUGGAAUAUUUAGAAACCCCCCCUCCCCCCAAAAAAACAUUGA